CGGCCCAACCUGCGAGAGCUCUGAAGCGUCCGGCUUUCCAGAGAAGCCAUGUACCGGCUCCUGUCAGCCGUGACGCUGCAGGCUGCGACCCCCGGGGGCCGGGCCUGGGGCUGCGGGCGUCGUGGGGCCCACCAGCGGGCUGGGCUGCCUCCGCUCGGCAACGGCUGGGUCGGGGGCCUGGGGCUGGGGCUGGGGCUGGCGCUCGGGGUGAAGCUGGCGGGAGGGCUAAGAGGCGCCGCCCCCGCUCAACCCCCGGCGGCCCCCGACCCCGAGGCGUGGCCUCAGGCCGUGCCGCUGCUGGAGCAGUCCCUCGCCCCGCGGUCUCUGCAGACCCCGGCGUCUCCCCACUCCCGGUGCUUCGCCAGAGCCAUUGAGAGCAGCCGGGACCUGCUGCACAGAAUCAAGGACGAGGUGGGUGCACCAGGAAUAGUGGUCGGAGUUUCUGUAGAUGGAAAAGAAGUCUGGUCAGAAGGUUUAGGCUAUGCCGAUGUUGAGAACCGGGUGCCAUGUAAACCAGAGACAGUUAUGAGAAUUGCCAGCAUCAGCAAAAGCCUCACCAUGGUUGCUCUUGCCAAAUUGUGGGAAGCAGGGAAACUGGAUCUUGAUGUUCCAGUACAACAUUAUGUUCCUGAAUUCCCAGAAAAAGAAUAUGAAGGUGAAAAGGUUUCUGUCACAACAAGAUUGCUAAUAUCCCACUUAAGUGGAAUUCGUCAUUAUGAAAAGGACAUGAAAAAGGUGAAAGAAGAAAAGGCUUAUAAAGCCUUGAAGAUGAUGAAAGGAACAAUGGCAUCUGACCAAGAAAAAGAAUUGAAAGAAAAAGGAAGCAAAAGUAAUGAAAAGAAUGACUUUUCUAAAGCUAAAUCAGAACAGGAUAAUGAAUCCAAAUGUCGGAAACAUGGCAAGAAAAAAAAUGAUUUUGAACAAGGUGAAUUAUAUUUGAAAGAAAAGUUUGAAAAUUCAAUUGAAUCCCUAAAAUUAUUUAAAAAUGAUCCUUUGUUCUUUAAACCUGGUAGUCAGUUUUUGUACUCAACUUUUGGCUAUACCCUACUGGCAGCCAUAGUAGAAAGAGCUUCAGGAUAUAAAUAUUUGGACUAUAUGCAGAAAAUAUUCCAUGACUUGGAUAUGCUGACAACUGUGCAGGAAGAAAAUGAGCCAGUGAUUUACAAUAGAGCAAGAAAUAAAUCUGGCAUAAAAGAACAAGGCAAGGUGUUAUCGGUGAUGAGAUCAAAGAGAUUUUAUGUUUACAAUAAAAAGAGACGUCUUAUCAACACACCUUACGUGGAUAAUUCCUAUAAGUGGGCUGGUGGUGGAUUUCUGUCUACAGUGGGUGACCUUCUGAAAUUUGGGAAUGCAAUGCUGUAUGGUUACCAAGUCGGGCUGUUUAAGAACUCAAAUGAAAAUCUUUUACCUGGAUAUCUCAAACCAGAAACAAUGGUUAUGAUUUGGACACCAGUCCCUAACACAGAAAUGUCUUGGGAUAAAGAGGGUAAAUAUGCAAUGGCAUGGGGUGUUGUAGAAAAAAAACAAACACAUGGUUCUUGUAGGAAGCAACGGCAUUAUGCUUCACAUACUGGAGGUGCAGUGGGUGCCAGUAGUGUCCUGCUAGUCCUUCCUGAAGAACUGGAUACAGAAGUUAUAAAUAACAAAGUCCCCCCAAGGGGAAUAAUUGUUUCUAUCAUAUGUAACAUGCAGUCUGUUGGCCUCAAUAGCACUGCUUUAAAGAUUGCCCUGGAAUUUGAUAAAGACAGAUCAGAGUGAUACCAUAACAUCACAGGUGCAAAAUAACCUGUUCUUUUUUUUAAUCAUUAAAAUUCCAAAAUAUGAGAAUUUUAUGAAUAAAUUUGUAAUAGACUUCAAUGGAAUGCAGAAAAUUAUGUACUUGUAAUUGCUUAAUUUUGUAACUGUCUUUUAUUAUAGAAUUUGUUCUUUAUACUCAGGGAAGUAACUAUAGUUUCUACUUUUUGAAAAAAGUGUUGACUGUUGAAAUAAAAUAUUCUGAUAAAAAGA